AAAUUGAAGCAGGAUAGGGUGACCACCAGUGCUCCUGCUCUGCGCUCGGGACGCGGAGCUGCGGCGGCGGCGCUGGCCUGAGGGGCGAGGGAGAGCAGCGCCUGCUGGGCCUCAGGCCCGAUGAGCAGCGACCUUCCCGCUCCGCCAGCAGCGAGCCCCCUCAGGCCUUCCCGGGCAUCCUCCCCGGGCCCUGCUGCCCUCAGCGAGCCCACCCGCUUCGCCUGCCCCACUGCGCCGGAGAGAUUCGCCUUCCUUUCCCUCAGGUUUUGACCAACUUUGGUUUUCGUGACAAUGGAAUUUUUCCUCCCCACGAUGGCAAGAAAGAACCUCUUCCUCAGCCUCCUGCUCUGCUACAGCCUGUUCAGAGCUGCUGAUUCCCACUUGGUCAUUGAGGAGAAGACAGAAUGCAACCUGUCCAGAAGGAGCAAAAUGGACCUCUCAGAUCUUCCACCCAUCUCCAUAGUAGAUUUAACUAGAAAAUCCCAGAAAGUCAGCAGGAAAGAGGCAGAGAACAAGAAAUCUUCCAAGAAAAAUGCUAAACGCAAGGUAUCUCCAAAGCCAAGGCCCCCACCUGCUGCUAACUGUGUACCAACCUUCAAAACCUGCAAGCCACACUUGAAUUCCUGCUGUCACUACUGCGCUUUGUGCAAAUGCCGAAUUUUCCAGACGAUCUGCCAGUGCCUGAUGUUAAACCCCAAGUGCUAAGCCAAGUCAGAAACACAACAAGCCUUCUGUCUUUCAUUAGCUUCUCAAGUGGAUAUUUCAAAUUGCCCCGUGUGUAUAGUAAUCAAAAUAGAGAGCUCUGAAGCUUGAAUUUUCCCCUCUUAAAAUUCAGUGGACAGUCUUUAAUAUGGGGUUAAAGCUAGAUGUUACUUCUGGGAGCAGAUAACCAGAGAGAUAGGCAUUGAUUAGGCAUUUUUAGCAAAAGAGCUGUAUUUUCUGAUGAAUUCUGGAUUCCUGUGGGUUUCGAGGGUUAUUUGAAGGGUCAUAUUAAUGCCAGUCUGCAGAAUUGUCUAACCAGCACCACCAAACCUGCCCCCAGGACACCCAAAUGGCCACUAAAACAGGACUGGUUGGGCCAGUGGGGGACUAGAGCUUGGCUUUGCCUGCAGGGGGAAAAAAUACUUCAGCACAGCCAAAGUAUCAGGCUGAAAAUGCAGGGUUUGGGGUUAAGUCCAUUUUCACAUGUCCAACAAAAAUCAGGACAAGAAUAACAAUAACAAGGUUAUUCCACCUGAAAAGAGGGACCCAAGGCUAUAAGCACAUUUUUUAGUCAUUCUCAGCUAAGCAUCCACCUUCAGGGGUUUUGGUCAUUCUGCCACCAGGCAGUACCUCCUGGGGGUAUGGCAUGCUUAUAUUCUUGAAAUCUAAAUGUAUCUGUGCCUUGGAAUAUAAAGAUUAGAUUUUUUUUUU